UGUACAGUUGUAGGAGUUUUCAGGUUCCAAGUACAGUAGGUGGGCCGUGCGUCAGCUGAUGACGUUGGACAAAAAUGGCAGGAGGAAGCAGCAACUACUGGGAAGAUUUGCGAAAGCAGGCCAGGCAGCUGGAGAAUGAGCUGGACCUGAAGCUGGUGUCCUUCAGUAAACUGUGUACCAGCUACAGCAGCUCCAGAGAUGGCCGUAGAGGAGACAGCAACUCAGAUACUACUCCCCUCCUCAACAACUCGACACAGGAUAGAAUGUUUGAGACUAUGUCUGUGGAGAUUGAACAGCUGCUGGCCAAACUCACGGGUGUGAACGACAAGAUGGCGGAGUACACCAGCACCCCGGGGGUGACGUCCCUCAAUGCAGCCCUGAUGCACACGCUCCAGAGACACAGAGACAUUCUGCAGGACUACACUCACGAAUUCCACAAAACCAAAGCCAACUUCCUUGCCAUCCGGGAGAGAGAAGAUUUGCUGGGCUCUGUCCGGAAAGACAUUGAGACAUACAAGAGUGGCUCAGGAGUGAACAACAGAAGAACAGAACUGUUUCUGAAGGAGCAUGAACACCUGAGAAACUCAGACCGGCUGAUGGAUGACACAAUAAGCCCACCCACAGAUUGCUGCCGGAGGGGAGGCUACUGGCACAGGUGCUUCAUUAAGUGGAUUUGUGGGCCGUGCAGCACCUCUUCCUGUCCAGCUCCUCUUCCCGUCCAUCCGCCCCACCCCCCCAGUCUCCCUGUCUCUUCCCUCUUGUUUUAGCCAAGCAUAAAAUUACACUGGAUGAGAAAGCCACGAUCAUUACCGGUUCCCUCCUCGUCUUGAACACGCCUAACAAGACACAUCCACGCACACAGCCAGAAGAUAAUGAAGCUUAUUUUUUCUCCUGAUUAGUUUUUGUGUGUUAUGCCCUGUGGGGACGAGGAGGGUUGAGCUAUGAUUCAUUUAUGUGAAUGAAUAUGCAUUGGGGUUUUAAAACCCUGUCACAGGUUGGAAAGAAAAACCGACAAUAUUUUGAGAGGAACAGUUGGUCGGGUACUCCAGUGAGUGCACCGAAGCAGAAAGAAAAGAGUGCGGUUCUCACAGCACAUAAAUGAUGUUUUUGGUAGUUAAAGUAACAUAUCCAUAUUAAGCUCUGUCAAAUUGGGGUUAGACUGGAGAGAAUUGGUCUCAAUAAACUUAUCUAGAAACCCCACAGUGACUUUACUUUAGAUGCUAACGGUAAUGAGCUGAUUUAGUUUAGCAUUGAGCUGGUUUUCAGCCAGGUUGAGUCAGUGUGUGUGCUUUAGACUCGCCCCCAUCAGAUAGCAGCUCUAAUUGUCAUUAGCGCUUAGCGCUAACGCUGGCCCAGUGUUAGUCAGCAGUGUUGGGCAUUGGGAAGAGAGGCGAUUGGUCUUCCCUUCUGACUCUGGAGAACAUGAUAUAUGAGCUAGAUCCUUGGCAUAGGGACUGAUUGUCCCCUCAGCAACACCCUACGAGGUGUUAGACUGUCAGCAGCUGGCAGCAAUGAAGAUUACAGACACAACACACA